GACACUGCCGUAUCAGCAGAGACCCCGCCCUGAGUGAUCCACACACAGUUCGCCAUGUCUAUCUUCACACUCUACAGCAUUUAAAAACAGCAUUCAAGUGUGUCAUCAGCCUCCAGCGGCCGACGGGAGGAUGGUGGGACGUGAUUGACGGGCUGAACCUAUGGCAGAGCAGCAGCGAGACACAGGUCCCUUAGAGUGAAUCUACCAUGGACCCCGUGCUCUGUCAGAUGCUGGUCCUGGGAAUGGCUGUAAUGAUGGCCCGUGCGUGCCCCAAGUACUGUGCGUGCCAGAACCUCUCAGAGUCACUGGGGACCCUGUGCCCGGCCAAAGGUCUGCUCUUCGUGCCACCUGACAUAGAUCGCAGCACUGUGGAGCUCCGGUUGGGCGGAAACUAUAUCCUUCGAAUCACACAACAGGACUUUGCCAACAUGACAGACUUGGUGGACCUUACGCUCUCCCGCAACACGAUAAGCUACAUCCAGCCCUUUUCCUUCGGGGACCUGGAGACCCUCCGUUCUCUUCAUAUGGAUAACAACCGUUUGGUGGAGUUGGGCCCCGAUGACCUGCGAGGGCUGGUCAGCCUGCAGCAUCUCAUCCUCAAUAACAACCAGCUGGGUCGCAUCUCUGAGAAGGCGUUUGAAGACCUGGCGGCAUCGCUCGAGGAUCUGGACUUGUCCUACAACAACCUUCAGGCUCUGCCCUGGCAUUCAGUCCGGCAGAUGAUCAACCUGCACCAACUGAGUCUGGACCACAAUUUGUUGGACUACAUCCCUGAGGGGACCUUUGUGGAUCUUGAGAGGCUGGCCCGCCUGGACCUGACCUCUAAUCGGCUCCAGAAGCUUCCGCCGGAUCCUAUCUUUGCCAGGGCGCAGGAUUCUGAGGUGAUGACCACGUCGUUUGCCCCUCAACUCUCACUCGGCAUAGGAGGAAACCCGCUUCACUGCAACUGCGAGUUGCUUUGGUUCCGGCGUCUGGAGCGAGACGAUGACCUGGAGACUUGUGCCUCACCUCCCGGCCUGAAGGGCCGCUACUUCUGGAACGUUCGGGAGGAUGAGUUUCUGUGUGAGCAGCCACUGAUUACUCAGCACACCCACCGCAUGCUGGUUCUGGAGGGGCAGACCGCCAGUCUACGGUGCGAAGCCAUCGGAGAUCCCACCCCAACCAUACACUGGGUGACCCCUGACGAUCGACUGCUCGGGAACUCCUCUCGCACUGUGGUGUACCACAACGGGACCCUGGAGAUCCUGAUCACCACUUCCAAGGACUAUGGGACCUUCACUUGCAUUGCAGCCAACCUGGCAGGUGAAUCAACUGCUUCAGUGGAGCUGUCAAUUAUUCAGCUACCCCACAUAAGCAACGGCACAGGCCAGGCAUCGCAACCCAAGUCCCGCCUUUCAGACAUUACCGGCAGCUCCAGGACCGGUAAAGGUGCUCCCAAAGGCCAGCCAGAGAAAGCGGUGUCUGUGUCUGAGGUGACCGCCGUGUCUGCCUUGGUCAGUUGGUCCGUCGGCAAGACCGCUCCCAAAGUGAAAAUGUACCAACUACAGUACAACUGCUCAGAUGAUGAAGUGCUCAUCUACAGAAUGAUUCCUCCCUCCAGUAAGGCCUUCCACGUCACCAACCUGGUAUCGGGGACUCUCUAUGACCUGUGUGUGCUGGCCGCCUGGGACGACUCGGCCACCACGCUCACUGCCACUAACGUGGUGGGCUGCGUGCAGUUCUACACCCGGGACGAGUACCCACAGUGCCAGUCUCUGCACGGGCAGCUGUUGGGCGGCACCAUGAUCCUGGUGGUGGGCGGCGUGAUCGUGGCCACGCUGCUGGUGUUUAUCGUCAUCCUGAUGGUGCGCUACAAGGCAGGGGAAGGUGAAACCCCCGCCAGCAAGCUGAGCAGCGUCAGUGAGAUGUACUCUCAGACAAACGGAGGAAGGCCAGGGCAGAACGGACUGCCUCUGCUGGCGCCCAAGCCCAAAGUCAGCAUGCAGGACGAAGUGGUUGAAUUCAAGGGCGGUUCGCUCCAGAGUAGCGUGUCCUCUUCCUCCUCCUCUUCCUCCUCG